AUGAAGUCAAAUGAGUUUUUAAAUUUAGGAUUUAAUUCCAAACUCAAAGUCAAUGUUCAGGAGUUGUCAACCGUUUUAGAGGAGAAACUGUGCGCUCCUAACACUACUAAUCCGGAACUGUUUCAGAUAUGUUUGGCCACUUUCCAGAAUGAAUUGACUCAAACAAAGAUUAAUUACGAGCACAUCAGCGAUGAGAGGAAUAGGCUUCGGCUGAGCAUUUGUGAGGCCAACACGAGAGCAGACUUAUUAGCACAAGAGGUGGACGACCACAACGCCAAACUCGAGGCCUCCUCUCAUCACAAACUCAUUCUUUUGGAAAAGCGAUACAACGAACAGAUUCGAGUACUUCAGGAAGAGCUGCAAAGGGAAAGGGAGACAAUGGAUAAACAGUCGGUUCACUUAAGAGAAGACAUUAGUAAAGAGUUGACGACAGCACAGGAACAGUCAUCCCGGCUCAGGGAUCAGAUCAUUGUUUUAGAGCAGGAAAACAAACGCCUGGAAAAUGAAGUGCAAUCCGUUAAUACAAAAUACUUAGAAUUGCAAAAAUCUUUCAUCGAUUCUCACAAAAGACUCGACGAGACAGAGAUGUUGAAGAAAAAAGACCAGCUCACAGAAUUAGAGUCAAUGCAGGGCUUAGUUAGCGAAGAGCACUACCAAGAGAUCGAUUCAUUGAAAGCACAAAAUAAGGUGAGCUAUACUACCACUCCAUCCGACAAUUGGCUGCAAAGUCUAGAAAUACAAGACCAAAACGAUGAGUUAAUUUUGCAAAUGGAAAACCUUAAGCAACAAAUACAACAAAUUUCAAUCCAUCGCCACAACAGCCAUAAGUCUAAGGCUAGCAGUCGAGUGGCAAACCAACGCAAAAGUAGGUCUUGGCUUUCAGAUUACAUACAAUCGGUUAGUGUCGACGAAUUGGCGAAUAAGUCUCACAACAAAUCUGUCGUCCCUUUUAACUUAAAAAGGAGAGGAAAUGAUUCCACUUCUUCUGAUGAGACUGAAGACGACGAAUGUUCACCAAUUGGUAGGACUAAGCGAAUGGUGUUAUCAGCGAAAACUGACUCAGAUUUGGAUAAUAGUUUGGAUGAAGAAUAUGAAGAGACGAUGAGUCAAAACAAUGAGUUUGUCUCAGAAGGCGCUCUCCUUAAGGAAAUGGAUGGACUCCGACAUGAAUUAAGUACACAAAUUGGUCCAACAGAUCAGCUUAUUAUUGAUCGCAACGAGAGUGCCCUUCAAAUGCAACAAUACUUUGAAAAGGCUUUACAUAACAAAGAGGUUAAUCUAAAGGAACAGAUGGAACUUAAUUCCAAUUUAAAUGCCAGACUUAAGGAACUGGAGGAACGACAUCUCAAUCAAAUGAAAAGCCUUAAGCAAUAUCUGCACAAACAUUUCACUCAAAUUCUGCAUCAUUUCGUCAAUUCUUCGAUUUCUUAUGCAUUUGUCGAUGAAAUCGAAAGCAAUUCAUACAAACAAAUCAGAAAUUCAUUUUCCACGUCCAUCUUCAAGUUAAUCAUUGAAUUCGUCUUACAAUCAGACGAUUUAGAUCUCAACCAAAGUCGUGAAACUCUUGAAACUCUCAUACAAUCACUAAACGAGCGAUUAAUUGAUGCCUUCAAUAGAUCUAAGGAUGGAUUAGAAGUCACGCAUCGAAAGACUUAUAAAGGAUUGACUCGAAGUCACAGAGACGGCAGAGAAAGAGUUGAGAACCAUUCUUCUGGUUAUAAGGAUGGCUCCCAAAGACAUGGGUCUACUCAUGAAAAGAAAUCGAUAAGUAAUGCAAACAAUGGCUCAAUGGAUAUGUUGGCGACGAUGAGUGAACUGCGGACACAAAACUCUCAUCUCAUAAAAGAAAUUCAAUUAAAUGACGAACAGAAACGAAAGAUUGAAAAAGAAAACUCGAGAUUACAUUAUAAAUGCAAAGUCUUAAGCAAAUUGUUGUCUGAGAUCAGCAAUGGCACGUGAAAUCAACACCUCCUUCGCUAUCAUUAAAUCAUCGCAUCAUUUAAUGUCUAUAAUUAAGUCAUCAAUUCUUCAAUUUUGACAUUUCAUAGGAACCUCAUAUUCAUGUCAUUAUUACAUAUCAUUUGUAUAUAAUUUUGAUUUAUUUGAAACAAAUUAUCUUAAACUUAAACCGGG